UGUGAGAGAGAGAGGGAGAACAUGCAGCUCCUCUCUGCGUGCUCAGCCCUCCGGACUCUCCUCUCCUCCUCCUGCGUCUUUCUGCCAGCUGAUGCUCACUGGAGGUGAAGCUGUGUUUCUCCUGCUUUCAUCCCGACGGUCUUUAACUUGCCACCUCUGAGGACGGCGCGGGUGAUCAUUUUGUUAAAAGAAGACAAAUCCUGAUCGAAAGAGCUGUCAGAUCUGUAGCAGAGUGCACAGCAGCAGCGAGAAACGAGCUGCAACUUCCCGGGAUUGUGUCCCCUGCACGGAGCUUAGAUACUAUCAGCACCGGACAGGCCUCUGUAUUUCAGCCAGAGAUGGAUUUCCCAGAGGAGCUACUGCUUGCUGACCUGCAGUACUUCAAUGACUCAUUUUUUCACCACAACUUCAGCAGUGGCAACAAUGGGACAGAUGCGCUGCUGCCAACAGGCGUGAAGGUCACCAUUGUUGUGGUCUACAUGAUUGUCUGCGUCAUUGGCCUUGUGGGGAAUUUCCUUGUUAUGUAUGUCAUCAUCAGAUACACAAAGAUGAAAACAGCUACUAACAUCUACAUCUUUAACCUGGCUCUGGCUGACUCUUUGUUCCUCGCUACUCUACCUUUCCAGGGCACCGAUGUCUUCCUGGGAUUUUGGCCCUUUGGCAAUGCUCUCUGCAAGACUGUGGUGUCCAUCGACUACUACAACAUGUUCACCAGCACCUUCACUCUGACAGUGAUGAGUAUGGACAGAUACGUGGCCGUCUGCCACCCUGUCAAAGCACUGGAUAUGAGGACACCACACAAAGCUAAGGUGGUGAACAUCUGCGUCUGGCUGUUGGCUUCUGCCUUUGGAGUCCCAGUAAUGGUCAUGGGAAAUGUUGAUGUGGAACAUAACAGUGUUGAGUGCAUUGUGGAUAUCCCUGAACCAAAGGAGCACUGGGAUCCUGUUUUUGGAACAUGUGUCUUCCUCUUCUCCUUCCUCAUCCCUGUGGCCAUCAUCAGUAUCUGCUACAGUCUGAUGGUAAAACGCCUUCGAAAUGUUCGCAUACUAUCUGGCUCCAAGGAAAAGGAUCGCAAUCUGCGGCGUAUCACCAGAAUGGUCCUGGUGGUGGUAGCAGCAUUUGUUGUAUGUUGGACCCCCAUCCAGAUCAUGGUUCUGGCUCAGUCUCUGGGCUUCAAUCUGAGCAGUCUGUAUGCACUGGUUAUGAUGCAUUUCUUUAUUGCUCUGGGCUAUGUCAACAGUAGCUUGAAUCCAGUACUCUACGCCUUUCUGGAUGAAAACUUCAAGCGCUGCUUCCGUGAGUUCUGCCAGCCGUCUCCAUUCCGACUCGAUACCCAGCAGUCAGGCAGAAUGAGGAGCAUUGCUAGGGAGGUGGCAGCAGCCUACAGCUACAAGGCUGGAGAUGGUGGGGAGCCUGGGGUAGGGACGCCUAAUCCAGCAUGACUAGGCGUGGAGCUCCCUUUGAUGGGGGUAGACCCAACAAAUAGGGGAGACACCCAUGGGACAGGGAAUUCCAACACAGAGUUAACUCAGAUAACAGCUCUCUAGCGGCACGAGCCCUCCCGCCCCCCAACUCGUAGACUGGCAUGGGGCGGGGGGGAGGGAGAUGAUGAAGGUGGGUUUGAAAGGAAACGAAUUUAGGAGAAAUGUUAAAAUCAUGACAUCUACAGACUGAGAGAAGCUAACUGCUUUUAUAGGACGAUUGAUGGAUUUUCUUGGUUUGAGUUGCCUGAUAUGGAUGGAGUUUAGCUAAUGCCCAAACUGAGCAAAGAACUGUAAGACAUGUUGGUAUAUUUUAUACACAACUUAAACACCAAAUCUUGAUGAACAAGUUUUGAUCACAAAACGUGUAAAAGUGUCUCAAGAUGUUGGUUUCAGCUCCAAAACCAGAAUGAUCGGCAGACACAAGCAUUGCUAAAGGAAUCCGCAACACAGCUGUCGCACCUCCGCAUUCUACUUGGUGAUUCACAGUUGGAGUAGGUGUUUGAAAAGCAGCAUUGGUAGCAGCUUUGGACACAACAUCUGUGAAACCAUCUUACUACCUUGGUGAAUGAGGACUGGAAAUAAACACCUGUUGUAAAGAUUGCAGAUCUCUAGCAGCAAGGACCAAAAAUGGAAGCCUGAACAGAAACAAAGAGAUCUGAAAAAAAGGAAGGUCUGGUGAAAAUGUUUAACAGAGUUUUGUCACUACUAUGUUUUUCAUGGAAUAAAAAAAACAAACAAAAAAAAACUGUCUAACCCCCAAUUUACACUGCGCCUGUUUCCGCUCUUGUAUAAAGUCUGCGGUUAAUGUUUGAUCAAUUAGAGCAUUUAUGUUGCCUUGCAAGGCAGCAAUAUGUGUACGGCCAUUCACCAAAAUGCAACCUGAUUCUAUUUAUGCUGGAUGCAUGAGCCAUUUCUCAGUCAGUUUAUACUAAUCAAACAACAGGUAACUGACAAGCACAACAUUCCUGUUUCAAGUAAUUCCCAAAAGAGACUUGAUUUUCUUUAGGGCCUUGCUCUAUAAGAAAAAAAAUACAUGUACAUCUACGCUAUCUAAGUUAAUUAUUUAUGUUUAGUCAUAAAAUACACAUUAAAUGUUUGCUAGAUGUACCAUUAGGCAAAAAAAAGCUUAAAUUUGCUCUAUCUACUCAUCCUUUGGUUAAUAUCACUCUUGAAAUGGUCGGGACUCAAAAAGAAAAUAAAAGUAGGGCAAUUUUUCUGUUGUCUUUCAAUUAUUUUGGAGAGACUGUUUCAUUUAACCCUGACUUCUACUGUGCAAUUUACACAUGCUUCUAAAGGCCCCUCUGGGCUUUGCAGUUAAGUAAACAAGACAGUGAGCAGAGUAAAUUAGGAUUGAAAUGAGUGACAGCAAAACAUAAAUUGGAGUGCACAAAAUCCCAAAGCUGUGUAAAUCUGGGGUUAAAUAUCUUGAUAUGUUUGAAUUUUUAUUUGGUUUUCUGUGGUUGAAAACUAUAUUGACCUAAGCAGGGAACAAAUGAGUCUUUUGAGUGGAAGUGGGUGACCAGGUUUCCAUCCAAGACUUUGUAUAACCUAACUUUAAAGGAUUACAUUGUUUUAAAUAUUGAUUUGAAAAACUGGAGCAUGCGCUAAUUAGGAAAUUCAUAAAAAUAUAACAAUUCUCAGAUAAAUCUCCAACUAAAUAACCCAAACUGGCACAGAAAACAUUUCAACCAAAAAAAGGAAGAUAAAAGAUGAGAAAUUACCCUGGGGCUAAACUUUUUAGAAUACGAUUUGAGGAUCGUUUACAUAAAACAGUGCAAACAUUUCCAAUAAUAAACACAUGCUUUGUUCCAGGAAAAUCUAUCCGAACCUGGUCUCCCCUUGGUGAAAAAUAAUUAACAAAAAGCUGAGCCUAAAAUGAAUAACUGAUUUGGGGUGUAAUCAAGGAUAUAAAUAGUUCUAUAUAUUUUUUUCUGUCAUCAUUUAGGAUGGCUUAAAUUCUGUUUGAUUGAAUUAUGCUGAUUACAAUGUAUGCAGUGAUAUGAGAAUGUUUUGUGGAAAGAAAAACUACAUUUUGCUAUUUCUAUAAUUUGCCAAAUCUUGAAAUUACUUUGGAUUUAAAUCCAUAACACAGUGGUGGGAAAUGUAAUCACUUUGGACUGUAGUUAAAAAAAGAAAUCUUCUGAAACGUUGGUGUUUAAAGCAAACUGUGCCAAAAUAUUUAAGAACAUAAAUUAGAAACACAUCCUGCAUAUAUAUACAUCAGAAAUGAAAAUAGACCACUCAAAUGUCAAUGUUUAACCAGGUUCACUGUACAGCUAACAUGAUACUGAGGCAUUUGUGAUACAUGAAUCUCAUACAUGAUAUUAAAUCAUACUUUUUU